AUGGAUCGCGUGGCUCAACUGUCCAGUGGCAACGUGCAGCUCGAAGAAGAUGUGGUUUCGGUUUCCUCCAAUGACAGUGAUGCUCAUUUGGGAGGCCCAGAAGGCGGCAUGAAGUGUCCCGAGAGCACCAUUGCUUACUUGGAUAACUUGGUGAAAGAAUUUAACUUACCACCACUCAGACCGUACCGGAAGGAAAUCAAUGUUGGCGCAAGCUCGAAUCGUUCUCAAAGAGAGCAUGGCUUGGUGUUUCCAGUGGACGAAGUCGAGCAUCAGAACGCCAAUUUAGGUGUUGUUCACAAAGAAAGGGUAGAGUACGAUUUAGAGCGAUUGUCAAAUUAUAUUGAAACCUACGAGACGCCUGAUAUGGAUGAGCAACAGAUCGUCGAAGCACCAAAAGAUGGCCCCAGGCAGCGCAACGAUGGACCGAAAAAGGGCUUUCAAAAGAUACCCUCUUGCACUCAGUUCGACUCACCUAGACUAGUGGGUACGACAUUGAAACGGACGGCAUCGGAAUCAGGAACGCUGUCAUCGUCAACGCCCAAAGACAGAGAGGAGGCAACCAAAAUGGGACGUUUUGUGAAAAAGUUUGACGACUUGAAGGUAUCAUUGUCGGCGGUUAGCAAACCUGAAUACAUCAUCAGUACGCUGGACAGUGAUCUCAAACCACCAGAUUUCGAAACAAUGACAAUGACGGAAAUCGAACGCGAGCUGUUUAAGUACGGUCUUAAGGCAAUGAGUCGCGUGAAAGCUAUUAAAGUCCUUCAGCACAUCUUCAAUGAGCUGCAUCCAUUUGUGGAGCUUGUUGAGCGGCAACAAUGGUCGAGGACUACUGCGUUGAAAUGCACAGCAACCGUUGAUCGGAGAAAUGGUGAAAAAAAGACUGGCCAAUUGGUUACUGUGCCACGCAACGACGCUACAUGCCCACGAGUGUGCGCCUUUAGGUUGGAUCAUAAUGACCCGGACCUCUUCUUACCUUCGAAGCCGCGCAAGAAGAUGGCAUGGUGUGCCGUUCCUCUGCACGUAGCUUUUUUCAACUUGGUGUCGGAGAGCGAAGUGUUGCAGCGACAGAUUUUACGUUACGAGCCGGUCAGCCUGGACAACAUUUAUGCAACCCUCAAGGACGCCGGCUUGCGAUAUGAAACAAAUGAUUUAAUAGCAUUUCUGGAUAAACACUGCAUAACGUUCCGGAGCGGGGCUUCCGGGGCAGAAGAACGCACGAAAACGAGAGUAAAUUGUAGUAAAAAAUAA